CUAACUUCCUGAGCGGCACCUGGUGCAGAGAAACAGCUAUGGGCGUCUUCCAUGAUGGACACAAACGAAAGCGGAAGCCGCUCUGGAUGUGGUACAAGAACCAACUACUGCCCUUCGAUCGCACCUAUCCAGAUGGACAUUUUAAACAAUUCCAAACAUCUGCCGAGGAGGAAUUAAAAAGGAACACGCAAGAAAUCGUCGUCAAGCCGUGUGCUGAGGAUGAAACAUUCCCUGGAAAAUCAGAUGAAAUUGGAAUUCCCUCUGACAUUUCCACAGAGGGACGGUUGGAUAUGAGACCGGAACGUUCCCCACAGCCACAGCCGGUCAAUACUCCCACCCACCAUCUUGAGACAGUGGUCGAAACCAGGAAGAGACGACCACGGACCCGUGGCUCUCUUCUCAACACCGACCAGAAGAUGUGGAUGUCCCAGAGGUCGAGGGGGGAUGAGGGGAGUGAGUCGACAGGUGACAGAUGCUCGUCUGACCUGUCAGGCGUCCCCGAUGCCUCACCAUCAGCAGGGGAUGUCAUGCCAGGCGUACCCAAAGCCUCAAAACCGGCAGGGGAUAUUCUGAAACAGGCCUUUGGGUACGACCCUUCAGAAGAUGCAUUCUGGAACAUCAAAAGCCAGGGUGUUCUUCCUGAUGAUCCAUCAAUACUAGGUAGGAAGCAGGUUCAAUUCAAGAGAACUGAUGAAGACGAAUAUUCCGUGCAUGGUCGUGGCUCCACUUCGACCUUCUUCCAUGCCACUGUGGAGGACACAGCUGUUCUUGUGAAGGAUCGAACAGAGUCUAACCGGCCUGUUGCUGAGGUGAUGAUCGAGGCGAAAGUUAUAUCCUCCCUCUCUGGCACAAGUGUCACGCCGCAUCUGUUGGGGGUUCUGGAGCAGGGCGUCAUGGAGAGGGAAUACAGUCUUGUCCUGGAGGACUGCACAGGCUUCAUCUCGCUCCAGGACCUCCUUCAGUCUGGAUACUUUGUCUCCAGAUCCGGUUGGACAAACAUCUGCCUGUCCCUGUCCAGCCGACUGAAGACUCUCCACAGCCACCGUGUCCUUCACAACAACAUCUGCUCCAGCAACAUCAUCAUCAACAAGGACACGCUGGAGGUGAAGCUGGUUGGCUUUGGACAGGCGUCCUUCGGGAAGGGAGUCAAGCUGCCCAGCGCUACACGCCACCAACCUGGACUUGCUCCAGAGGUGAGGCUGGACUGUGUCACCUCCCAACAGGCAGAUGUUUAUACUUUGGGCUCUGUCCUGGGUGAGAUCAAAGUGACCAGCAAUUUGAUGAACCUCCACGAGGUCGUUCAAAAGUGCCACCAGGAUCUCCCUAGGAACAGAGCUCAGGCAUUAGAGAUCAAUAACCUCAUGCAGACUGCGUUUAACAGAUUUCAAGGUUAGGUCAUAUCAGAAGGUUUAAAAGUUCCAGUUAAUAGUUAUGUCACCUAGAUCUUCAUAAAAAAACACUGGUGAUUUUUUCAGUAGAUUUUAAUACAACUUCUUAAUUGGUAGGAAAGUUUGCAUUCAAAUUCAUUAUUUCGUAAAUUUUGGAAAACACAUGUUUUUGAUAAUCAAUACACCGCCCUUCAUACGUUUUCUUUUCAGUUUACGAAAGCUGACGUAAAAUGAGCUUAAAUUACCAUUGUCUCCGUUGUUAUCUUCACAGAUAAUUCACAUCCCGUUACGUGUAUUUAUUCUAUCAGGUAACCUGUCAUCCAUAUCUAUAAAUAUACAAAUGUUUGUUUUGCCGGGAAAACAUAUUGGAAGUUUGUACAGUCUUUGACGGUUUUUUUUGCAAUCCUUAAUAAUAUCUUCCCGAAAACUGUAUGUGUAUUGUACAUAGAAAUUUAUUUUUAUCUUAGAUAUAUAUUGGGAGAUUUGGUUAGUUUUCAGAUAAACUGCUCAUACGUGUGUAGAAUAAAUAUCUUUUUAGGUUUGAACAAUAUCCGAGUGCAUUUGAAACAAAGUGUUGGUUGCACACACACACACACACACACACACACACACACACACACACACACACACACACACACACAUAUAUAUAUACACACACAUACAUACAUAUAUAUAUAUAUAUAUAGUGUGUGUGUAUCUCAAAUUCUUAUGUAUGUCCGUUAAGAAUGCCCAUGCUAUUUGUUUUUUGUGUUCAGUGUAGUCAUUUAUUCAUGUUAUAACGUUUAGUGUAUAUCGUUUUUACAGGGUAUCAUCUUUGUGUGUGUAUGCCAGGGUGCGUGUAAAAAAUGUAUGUUAAAAGCAAGUAAUUUAUGGUGCAUAAACACAAAUAUUCAUAAACAUUUUUGUGUUCAUAAAUGAAUGUCUUUUAAAUAUGGACAUAACUAAUGUUUUACGUUACACCAGCUAUUUGUCAGCUUUAUGAAGCGAUAGUUGAAAAUACGGAAACAAUAUUUAUAUAAUGUUCCUGAAAAGAUAGUUCUUGUUUUCUUAUGCAUGUGUAAAAUACAAAUAGAUUUAUGUUUGAAAAAAUUCAGAAUGCGUAAACAUAUUUACUGUUGAUUGUAUACAAAUACAUUGAUCACAAAUUCUUAUCCUGUUUGUUCUGUAUGAAGUCAUUUAUUGCUUAUGGUGAAAUCGUAAAAAAAUAUUUAUGUAAAAAUAUAUAUAUCUACAUAAAAACUUAUACUUGUAAGUUUUAACAUAAUAUAUUGAAUAUAUUCAUAAAAAUAUGUUUUGGU